GCCAUCCUUCGACGACCUCCCGAGAGAAGGGGAAGAAAGGGGGAGAAGAGGAAUGGGUGGUUUCUUCUCCAGCCAAGCCGCCUACGCCGCUGAGGACGGCGUGUCCGCCGUCAUCGCCAUCCACUCCACCGGCGAAUGGACCCAGAACUGGGAGUCCCACACCCAAACCAACAAGCUGAUGGUGAUCGACUUCUCGGCGUCGUGGUGCGGGCCGUGCCGCUUCGUGGAGCCGGCGUUCAAGGCGAUGGCCGCCCAGUACUCCGACGCGGUGUUCGUCAAGAUCGACGUCGAUGAGAUCCCGGAGGUGUCGAAGCAGUGGAAGGUGCAGGCUAUGCCGACGUUCGUGCUGGUGAAGGGCGGGCAGGAGGUGGGCAGAAUCGUCGGCGCAAAGAAGGACGAACUCGAGAGGCGGAUCCAAGAGCAGAUCAACACCUAAGGAAGCUUCUCUGGUAAUCAUGUGUAUCUGUCUGUAUUACCGCCACCAUCAUUUGCUUUCCUGUUUUCCAAGUCCUUGUGGUUGCUUGUUUGAUAUUGCGAUCUCAUGUUGAGAUGAAAUGGACACAAGUGCCAAAGACCUUUCCAAUUUGCUAUUGUUAUUGUUGACUAAAAUAUAUCAUCAUUGUUGUGUGGAAUGUGGUAUGAUACAUUCUCUUA